AUGUUCAAAAGAUCUAAAGUGACAGAUGGGACGGGCGCUGGCCAAGUGGGCAUCAAGAAGAAAUCUAGGGUCCCUGGAGUAAUGAUUACACAGUUUAUAGAGACGCUGCCUGAGGGGAAGAGCCAUCCAGACUUUACUCGCAAGCCAAUUGCUUUGACCAUCCAAGAAGGCAAAUUUGCCUUCUUUAAAGCCAUUGUCACUGGAGACCCCAAGCCCACUGUGGCGUGGAGCAGAAAUAACGGAGAUGUCUCUGAUACGUCAAAAUAUCAAAGCAAAUAUGACCCCAACUCCAAUGAGCACACAUUUGAGAUGCCCAAUGUCAAGGCUGAUCAAGCAGAUACAUAUAAGUGUUUUGCGACAAAUGAAUAUGGACAAGCCUUUGUCACGGUUGUUCUGAACGUUAUUGAAGUUGGCUUCAAAAAAAAGAAAGCAGUUCAGCAAAAUGCGACAGAAACCAUCAAUGGUGAUUUUAAGACAGUUCUAAGAAAAAGUAAAGUGGUUCCCAAAGCAGCGCAAACAGAAAAAAAGGAUGGUGAAAUAGAUCCAAAAUUUUGGGAGCUGCUCCUGAGUGCUGACAAAAAAGACUAUGAGAGAAUCUGUGCUGAGUAUGGAGUGACUGACUUUCGCUGGAUGCUGAAAAAACUCAAUGAAAUGAAGAAAGAGCGAGAAGAAGAACAGGCCGAGUUUGUCAGGAACAUAUCUAACUUGCGGCCUAUCCGGGUCAAUGCAGAUGGUACUGCCUCCUUCGAGAUUGACAUGGAUCUUAUUGAACAGAGCAGCUCCAUUUACUUGUAUAAGGAUGGUGAAAUGGUCCCAUACACAAAGGAACUGGGAGACACGAUGAAGCACAGCCUGAGGAGAGUAGGGAGAAAGUAUAUUUUCAGCAUGAGGGAUCUCAGGCCAGACGACGGUGGAUUCUACCAGUUGGAUGUAGAAGAUGUGAAUAUUUUUUCCACAGAUUUUAAAAUUCCCAUGGUGGAUUUCUUGGUGAAAAUCCAGGAAGUGAAGGCAAUGGAGAGAGAGGACGCAGUUUUUGAGUGUGUUAUAUCAAAACCUCUUGCCAAGAUUUCAUGGUUUGGCAAGAAUCUGCCCUUGGAGCAAGGAGAUAAAUAUGAUAUUGAGGUUUCUGAAGACAAGCUCAUCCACAGACUGGUGGUCAAAGACUGCAUGGUGGUAGACAAAGGAAUUUAUUCCGCGUGUGCCGGAAUAAAAUCCUGCAAUGCCUGGCUCGUCGUUGAAGCUGAUAAAGAUGCAGAUCAGGGCAAGAAGUCAGUGAGGAAAACAACAAAGGCCGGAGGAUCGGGUAUGGAUCUGCAGAAGGUGGCCCAAGAGCAAAAUGCAAAGUUGGAGAAAGAGAAAGAGGAGGUGAAAGCUGCAAAAGAAGCUGAAGUUGUGGCACCAAAACCAGGCAGCGAUAAACCAGCAGACGUGACACCAACUAGACCGGUUGUGAAGGGGGAAAGCAACGUUAAGGAGACAAAACCUGAGCUGCCACCUGCAGCUCCAACAAGUGAGCCUGUGAUUACAUGCGGACUCACUGAUAUAUAUUGUCUGCGUGGGAAGCCAGCUGAAUUAAAAGUCACAAUGAACAUGGACUGCGAAGGCAUCUGGUUUAAAGACGGAGAGCCGCUAAACACAGGCGCUGGGAUCAACAUAAGCAAAGAUUCCACCUCUCACACACUGACUUUUCAACACUGCAGAGAUGGUGACUCCGGCGUUUAUCGCUUUGUAUCAGGGGAUCAGAGUACGCAGGGAAAAGUCACAAUUGGAGAUGUACCUGAAUUUGACCCAGAGGACCUUCACAAAUUCUCCAAGCCCUUGACAGUAAGAGUGGGCCAAAACGCCACUUUCAAAAUGCCUUUCGCGGUCCAGGAGUCUCUGAUUGUUAACUGGUAUAAGAAUGGCACUGAGGUCAAAGACGGCGGAGGAGUCAAGAUUGUGAGGGAGCCCAAUCACAGCCGGCUGCUCCUCAGAGACUGCCUACGGUCAGACACAGGGGAAAUUAAAAUCCAGCUCAAAAACGCAUUUGGGGCCGUGGAGGCCACAUCUCAGCUUUUUGUGCUUGAUCGUCCAGCUCCACCAGAGGGUCCGGUGGAGAUUCUAGAAACCACCUCGUCUCUAAUCGAGAUCAAAUGGAAACCUCCCAAAGACGAUGGUGGUUCCGCUGUCACCAACUACAUCAUAGAGCGACAGCAGCAAGGCCACAAUCGGUGGGUUAAACUCGGGGAUGUCUCUGGCGAUAAGACCUCCUUCAGGGAUAGGAAUGUGACUCACGGAAAGAAGUACAACUACCGCAUCUACGCAGAGAACUCUGAGGGCCUCAGUGACAUGCUGGAGACUACUGAUAGUAUUAUGGCCGGCAUAAUGAUACUUUCUGGACCACCUGGUGCCCCCAAAGCGGUGAGUACCUCAAAGACCUGUAUUACAUUAAUGUGGACCCCUCCGGAGGAUGACCGAGGGGUGCCCAUCAUUGGUUAUCAACUGGAGAAACGCAAAAAAGACACAAAUCAGUGGAUUCCCCUCAAUGCAGUCAAUGAGCCCAUUGAAGAUGUGAAUUACGCAGUUAAAGAUGUCACUGAGGGAGCACAGUAUGAAUUCAGGGUUCUGGCAAUUAAUGAGUCAGGGGCAGGGGAUCCGAGUCCCCCCUCUGCAAUGGUGUGUGCAAAGAAUCCCAACAUGAGACCUCAUUUCAAAGACCCGGAGGACUUCAUUGUCGUCAGAGCAGGAAAUUCAGCACGUGUAAAAAUUUGCUAUGAGGCUGAACCUCCACCUGAAAUCACAUGGCUCAAGGACGAUGAACCAACACCCCCAUGGAUUCAAAUAAUCAAUUCAGAGGGAAUGUCCCAGCUUGUUAUUCCGUCAUCCAAACGUUCAGACUCUGCCAUCUACACCAUCAUCGCCAAAAACUCUGUCGGGCAGGCUUGCUUUGAUGUUGAGGUUAGAGUUACAGAUGAACCCAAGUGCCCAGGACCAGUGGAGCUGGAACAAACCGUCCAGGGGAAAGUGGUUAUAUCAUGGGCUCCCUCCCCAGACCAGGGGCUUGAUGACAGACUUUACUACAUGGUAGCUCAACGCGACUCAAAUACCAGGAUAUGGAAAACUGUGGCAGACCGCCUCUUCACUAACACGUACACAGCCAACAACAUUCUUCCUGGGCUGGAAUACCAUUUCAGGGUCUACGCCAAGAAUGACAUGGGCCUCUCGGACCCAUCUCAGUCACCAACAUGGGGAAUGAAUAGUAACAAAGUCCCAAUUGUCUGCAAUGCAUUCAACUCAUCACAUAUCAGCUUUGAAAGGCCCCCAUCCAUCUUGGUCCCCCUGAAGGUCCACACCCCCCCCAAAGGCUACCAGGUCUACAUGACGUGCGCUGUGCGAGGAUUCCCUACACCCACCGUCUCCUGGUUCCUCAAUGACCAGUGCAUCAACUCAGACAGCAACUACUACAUCACCAACUCCUUUGGCGUAUGCUCCAUGUAUAUUCUCAGAGUGCGGCCAAAGGACAGCGGCGAGUACAAAGUGGUUGCAGUCAACUCCUUUGGCAAGGCAGAGUGUUCCACUAAACUCAUUGUUAGAGAAUGACACAAAAAAUGACAUCAUCUGACAUGUACUUUUAGUGCAAAGGGUUUCGGAAAAGUCUCCUGUAAAUGGCUGAAACUUCCAGAGCAAUCAAAUAUUAACUUAUGUCUUUAAAAUGCUGC